CAGUGACUCCUAAAGGCAAAGAUGACAGGAUUUGGUUCUCCCUGUGGAGCUUGCAAGUUCCUAAGGAGGAAGUGUGUCAGGGGAUGCGUCUUCGCCCCAUACUUCUGCCAUGAGCAAGGAGCCGCGCACUUCGCAGCCAUCCAUAAGGUCUUUGGGGCGAGCAAUGUCUCCAAGCUCCUCAUGCACCUCCCCGUCAAUGACCGCUCUGAGGCGGCAAUCACCAUAUCUUACGAGGCCCAAGCAAGGCUCCAAGAUCCCAUCUAUGGUUGCGUUGCCCAUAUUUUUGCCCUCCAACAACAAGUUGUCAAUCUUCAAGCACAACUAGCCUCUCUCAAGGCCCAAGCAGCCCAAGGACUUGGUACUGGCUCCACUGCUAAUGCCACUCCCACCCCUCAAGAAGACAAGCUCUAUCAGAAAUUUCCACCUUACCAACAAGAUGGGCAGGGUUUCUUUCAAAGUGGGGAUGGAAGGAUACUAUCUUGUCUUCCAAAUCCCUCGAUGAACACCAAGAGCAUGAACUACUACAACAAUGAGCUUUUAGGGUCCAGUUGCAUUCAAUCCUCUCAGGAGUACAACCCUCGGUCGGGCAUCAAUUUUGACAGCAUGGCCUUUGGAAUUGAGGACAACUCUACUUGUGCCAUGGCCUCUCUUGACAUGCAACCAAGCAGUUGGAGGUCAGCAUAUCAUGAAAUGGAGGACCUUCAAUCAGUGACCUUUGCUCAUCUUAAUGGCUCAUGAGAGUGUAACUUAGUGGAAUCCUCAUUAAAUUUUGAUAUUUAGUAUGUUUAGACAUUUCGGCAGCUAUACCAUGAGCAAACGAUUGACAACGUAGUAAUAUAAGAAGAAAUAUAUUCCUAUGAUCCUUCACGAUGCUUCAUGAGAUGUGGCAGUGUGCUGAUACUAUAUAUUAAUAAAAUUCUUCUUUCCAUA